AAUUUAACACAUUGCGUACGAGUCACGAGAUAUCUCGUUUUCAUGUUUUUUCGACUGAAUCGAUAACUUAAGCAACCAGGACAAAUGUUUUUGUUACGUUACCAGGGUAAUGAAGCCUUGAGCGUUCUUAUGACAAAUGAUUAGCGAAAUAACUGAAUGUUGACAUUUUGAAAAUGCAAAAAUAAUCAAUAUAGUCAGUACAUCAAUAGAUCUGUGCCGAUCGUCGUAUGUACCAUACCUUAUAAAUUGUUUUAUUAUUGUACAUUUUGGAAUUUUAAAGUUCGUGUUUUAAUUUGCCAUAAUUCUAUAAAAGUAGCAAAAUGACAUAUAGAUGUAAUGAAAAUGAAAAUCGAAGUGAAUUGCUGUUUGAUGAUUUAUCGGAUGCACCAAACAACACUUGCGAUGAAAAUUAAUUCAAUGAUAGCAGCAAUAUUUUUGAAUUAAGUGAUGUGAUUAGACAUAGAAGAAGACUGAAUAAAAAAUAUAAUUUUUCAAGCAAAAGUGAAGAUUCGGAGAUGGAGGCUGAUAAGCCUAUAAUUGAAGAAUGGACCGAUGAGAAUACUUUUCCAAAUCUGGAACCUUUUAAAGGAAUUUGUGGUACGUCAACAUCAUUACAAAGAAACUGCAGUGUGAAGGAAGCUGUCGAUUGUAUAUUUGGCAAUGAAUUUUUCCAAAUUAUUUCUCCAGAAACAAAUCGUUAUCAUUUACAAAAUGUACAUAAAUAUAAGGCUAAUUCUAAACAAGGAAAUUGUCUCAUGUUCAAAAGUAAAAAAUUUGUUCGGAGUAUUUUAAUGAGACAAAUACGAAAGGAAAACAUAAAAAAAUACUGGUUCGUGGAUCCAUAUUUGGCUACCUCUUCAAAAUUAAUGAGUAGGAACAGAACCUGUCACUAAAUGAAACCAUGAUCCCUUGGCAUGGAAAAUUAAAAUUUAAGAUGUACAAACCACGAAAGCUUACUAAAUAUGGAAUACUUGUAGGAGUAUUAUCGGAGAGUCAAAUUAGAUAUAUAUGUAAUAUAGAAAUUUAUUGUGGACAAGGCAAAAAACUGCAGGAUACUGUAACAACGAUUUUUACACCGCAUUUCGGAUAUUAGCACCACCUUUAUAUGGAUAACUAUUAUAAUACUUUGAAUAUUGAUGAAUUCUCAUUACAAAAUAAAAUUCGAAUAUGUGGCACAAUACGCGCCAAUAGAUUAUCAAGAUGUUUGAAAAUAAAGUCGUUAAAUCUAAAAAAAGGGGAGAGUAUUUUCAAACGGAAACGUGAGAUUUUUUUGCAAAUUUGGAAAGAUAAAAGAGAGGUACGAAUGAUUUCGACAUUUCAUAAAUUUGAAAUGGUUGAAUCUACUGGAAAAUAUAAAACCAUGCAGAAGCCAAAAUGCAUUGCAGACUAUAAUUUAAACAUGAACGGUGUCGACCUUACUGAUCAGUAUCUAUCAAAUUACUCAAUAUUGAGAAAAACAAUUAAAUGGUCAAAAAGAUAGUAUUAUAUCUCAUCAACUGCGACCUGUUCAAUGCAUUCAAGAUCUAUAAUUCGUGUAAUAAUGAAAAAAUGAAAUAUAAAGAUUUUCUACUUGCUCUGAUGAAAUUAUGGACGACGGAAGAAAAAUCAAAGGAUACAGUUAUGGAUAUAGAACAAAGUAAUACAACAAAUCUACGUAUCAUCUACGCUUCGACUCACUAUAUAGACUCUCUGAUAAUAUUAAACAGCAUAUACUUGAACCAAUAAUGAGUAAAGGCAAGAAGAAGUUCCCAACCAAACAAUAUAAAGUUUGUUCGUCCAAUGGAAAAAGGAGUGAAACAAGAUACUGUUGCAAAUCGUGUCGAACACUAUUGCACAAUGGAGUAUGCUUUACCAGAUAUCACACUCUAAAGCAUUAU